AUGCCUGAUGCUCUACACAUUCUCUUCCACCUAAGUGCACGCCAUCUCUCUGUGGAAGAUUUGAUGGAUAUGGACAUGAGCCCCCUGAAGCCGCAGAACUAUCUAUUUCAUUUAGCUGUGGAAGAAGAUGAAGAGUCGGAAGACGAAGAGGAAGAUGUAAAACUCCUAAAUAUGUCUGGAAAGAAAUCUGCCCCUGGAGGUGGCAGCAAGGUUCCACAGAAAAAAGUAAAACUUGCUGCUGAUGAAGACAACAAGGGUGAGGAGGACGAGGAUGAGGAUGAUGACGAUGAUGAUUUUGAUGAUGAAGAAACCGAAGAGAAAUCUCCAGUGAAAAAAGGGCAGGAAUCCUUCAAGAAACAGGAAAAGACUCCUAAAACAUCCAAAGGACCUAGUUCUGUAGAAGACAUUAAAGCAAAAACGCAAGCAAGUAUAGAAAAAGGUGGUUCUCUUCCCAAAGUGGAAGCCGAAUUCAUCAAUUAUGUGAAGAAUUGCUUCCGGUUGACUGACCAGGAGGCUGUUCAAGGUCUCUGGCAGUGGAGGAAGUCUCUUUAAGAAAACAGUUUAAACAGUUUGUUAAAGUUUUCCGUCUUCUUUCAUUUCUGUAACAGUUGCUAUCUGGCUAUCCUUUUUGUAA